AUGGACAUCGACAGCGACAUCGACGCGCGACUCUCGGCUGCGGCGGGACAGGGGCAGCGCGAGCGAGUGGAGGGAUACCUCUCGCUCCUCGCCGAGCUGCUCUCCACGAAACCUGUUCCGGUGCAGGCGCUCAUCAAGUUCGGCCAGCACUUCACGACCUCGACGACCAUGGCUAUGGUUGUGGGAUCGCGCGUGCUCGAUGCGCUUGUCGCGGCUUUCUGUGCAGGCCUGCAGCUUGACGUCGACAUCAAUGACAACGGGGAUAAGGAGAAAUGGACGCAGCUUGGGAAGCAGGCAUUCGAUAACGAGGAAGGAGAGGAAGCGAGGAAGGCAGUCAUCGAGGGUGUGCUGGAGCCGGAUCUGGCAGAAGGAGGAGGACUGGUAUGGAGCGGCCAGGGCGCUGAUGAACAUUCCCCUAGAAGGUGGUGGGCGGUGAGCUCGACGAUGCGAACCGGGACUGACCGCAGAAUCGUCACCGACGAGGACAAGCUGGCCGUGUACAUCAAGAUCGUCCGUCUCCUUCUCGAGACGUACUUCUCGCGUGCGCAGUCCCUCAUCCAGCCGAGUACGGAUCACAAAACGCAGCUCGAGUUCCGCCUGUCGCACGCGCGUUUGCUCGAUUACUUUGCGCGUUUCACGGAGGCUGCGCAGAAGUAUCACGAGAUCUCCUUUGACACAGCGAUCGACACGGACGACCGUGCGCACAUGCUCGCCGCAGCUGUCACGACAUCCAUCCUCGCCCCCGCCGGCCCCCCGAGGCAGCGCAUGCUCGCUAGCCUGAAUCGCGACGAGCGCGUGCAGUCGCUUCCGCCGCACCUCGGCACGAUGCUUAAGAAGAUGCUCCUCGAGUACAUCGUGCGUCCCGAGGAGGUAGAGGAGUUUGAGCGCGGACUUGAGCCCCACCAGCGCGCUAUCGUCGAGGGUGGUGGGACGGUGCUUGAGCGCGCUAUCCGCGAGCACAACGUUGGCGCCUGCGCCAAGGUCUACGACAAUGUCGGCUUCGACGCUCUUGGAGAGCUGCUGGGUCUUGAUGCCACGGCUGCAGAGGCGAUUGCUCGCCGUAUGAUUGAGCAGGGACGACUUCGCGCUUGGAUUGACCAGCCGCUCGGAUUGUUGUACUUCGAGUCGCGCAAUGUUCAUGACUCGGCAGACGCGCAGGGCACUGCCGGAGGACUCGGAAUUGAACGUACCGAGGCGCCGAUCGAAUCCGUCUCGUGGUCCGAGAGGUCAGCUGACAACCAGGUCGAAGCCCUCGCGGCUACCAUCCAGGAGCGCGGUCUCGUCGCGUGA